UUGACACGAUUGUAGAUUAUUUGAAAUGACAUAAUAUGAAUUGUGAUGAGAUUCCAUUUGCCUUUUUGGUCUCCCAAUUCAACAUGUCUGCAAACAAUAGGCUGCUGAAUAAUGCAGGCGUGUCUACCUUAUCGUUUUCCUUAGCAACAUGGCUUCCAUUGUGUGCAUCCUGUUUCGCUAAUGUGGAAUUAGAUACAGCUUCAUCCUUUGUGCACCAGGAACUGGACAACUCUACUCUCUGUCUAUUUGUGUGUUGUUAUCAAAGUGACAUGUGUAAAUACACAGUUUAUACCGAUCGAAGCUGCAUUGAUCUCUGAGUGUAUAAAGCAGUAACCCGCUUCUUAUAAAAAAUAUAUCUCCGUGUGUUUGCUGCGCCCGACAGAUCGUAUUAGUUCUGUCUUGCAUAUAGAAGUCAUUUGAUGGAGAAAAGCAAUGAUAUAGAGCGGAGUGCCACUGUUGUGUAGGUAGGGGAAGAGAGUCGGCCAAACAUCACGGUUAGUGAGUACUCCUUGUGAUCCGUGACAGAUCGUAGGGCGCUCUGACUUCACCAUCCUUCGGGUUUCUAAGUCUAGAGCUGACUGGGAUUCUUACCAAUUGAGACCUGCGUCUUUCUGAAUCAAUAACACUUCUACAGAGAGUUGAAAAUUGACAGGUAUAUAAUCUUCUAAUCAAUGUGAAAUUCAGGGAAACAACAGCGUCCGUCAUUCGAGUGAAGCAGUGGGCAUUUCAACAUGUUCGAUUAGCACUUCAGCUAAUUCCCCGACUCUCUUCGCUAUUCAAUACCUGUCUUGUUUGAUCAACAUGCACGCUAUAUACGCUGGGGGGUCAACUCCCACCCCGUCCCCACGGGUCCACCGGAAACAGUUCGGCUAUGGACGACCCGUGAUGCCCGGAUAUUCUUUCCCUCACAAACAGGCCUCUCCGGUCCAUCAUAAAAGUGCUUCAAAAGACUCGAACGAUUCUGCUUCGAAGGAAACCAACUUUCGGGACGCUAUCCCUGCGAUGUGUACGGCUCUGGCCUGUGUGUGCUUUGUCUGUAACAUUAUUCUUCCAGGACUAGGUACCUUCCUGUCUGGAAUGAGCGUCCUCUGUGGUUCCAAAGUGAGGCAAAAGGACACCACAAAAUCCAAAGUGGUGCUCGUUAACUGUUGGGUGGCCUUUCUGCAGCUUUUCACCACCAUAUUUCUCUUGUUAGGUUGGAUAUGGAGCAUUGUUUGGGGAACAUUGUUCAUUUCCUAUACAGAUGAGUUCUACAAGAUCAAAGAGAAAGGAAUAGAAAAGAGUGACCCUGACAAUGUACAAGAACAGCACACUAAGCCCCAGACGUCGCCGGUGAAACAGCGCAAUAACACACAAACUAACUCUUCUCCCAAACCCUCAACGAACGCGCAAGUGCAGAGGAUUCCGGUGCAACAGACGCAACAUCAAGUUCCUUCUACGUCAUCAACUGACCAUUCCAUCAUCACUUUACAAGAACUUCCAACAAUAAACAAUGACAAUUCAGUGACGCGUUUGGAUCAGCCAAUAAUGAACGCUAGAACUCGCCAUCAAAAGAUUCUUAGAAGACAAAUGUCUGAUCACGAUUUGUCUCCCUUCAAUUUGACGCAAGAGCAGUUAGAGGACAUUAUAAUUCAUGCUGCUCCGGUAACUAGGGGCAACAGAAUGACCAUAGACGAAGCCCGAGAAUCUGGCCCGGAAAAGGGAUGAAAUUCGUUCUGUAUAUUCUCAGAGUGACGAUGGUGCAAUAUGUGGAAUAAUGUACUUCGAUAUAUUUUGUUUACUCUAUCAAAAAUAAAUGUUAUUAUAUUACUA